UACGCUAGCUAUCGUCGGUUUAACUUAAUAUGUUUAUUGUUUUGAUGAAUAACAUUGAAUGAAACAAUGGCAGAAGCUGCAAAUGUGCGUCAGAACCUGCAGAAUGUGCCCUCAAUCUUCGAGAUCUCGGCGGCAGAGACGCUGGACAACCUGAUUUACCCGGCUUUGAGCAAGAUCUUCGACUACUUUGGACUGCGGCUGGACUUUAAACUCUGGGGAAGUUUGCGGGUCAAAGAGGAGCUGUCACCGCUCUUAACCUGGCUGCUGCAGUAUUUGUACCUACGGAAAAGAGCCUCUUCCUUCGGGGAGAGCUUUUAUGGGUUGCAGAGAACGGUUACGGAGACUGGGGAUUUGCUAAAUCGCCGACAGCAGUUCCUAUCCGCAACCUUCUUGACUUUUUUACCCUAUAUUGAACGUAAACUAAGGAGCAGGAUCACCCGGCAUGAGGACUCAAAUCCCUGGGAGCAGCGGCUGCUUGGUGCCUUUCAUUGCUUCCACGCCGCCAAGGCGGUGCACACAUUCCUCUACCUUAUAAAGUAUGCCUCAAACCACUCGCCCAUCUUCCGGCUUUUGGGCCUUACCCUUCGCUAUCCCAACGAACCCCCACACGAAGACCAAUGGACGUACCUCGUUCUCAAAAUGCUUGAGGUUCUUGCCUUUUUCCUGCAAUUCAUCCAAUGGUGGUAUUCCAAUGACCAACGUCGCAAAGUUGGAGGAACACUGCUCAACCCGGAGGCGAUGCCAAGGACAGAACUGCCCAAGGAAGUUCAGAAGAGCCUUCCCAAAACGGGAGACUGCCCCGUUUGCCUGCUGCCCAUCCAGACCCCAACUGCCUGUUCCGUCUCCGGAUACGUCUUUUGCUGGAAGUGCAUCGUGAGCCACAUGAAGGAGCACGGCACUUGUCCAGUAACCCAAUAUGCCAUUAGCUUGGACGAUCUAGUGAGGAUUUACGAGACGUAGCCUUAAGUUUAUUCUUAUAUUUUGUACCUUCUUGUUCAAUAUAUGUGAUAAAAUGUUACGGCUUAGAUUCCGCCGAGAAAGAA